AUGGCCGCGCCGCUCACCCCGACCACCCCGACCGCCAAUGGCCACGCCCCAGUCAGCGACGAGGAUGCCAAAUGGGCGCGCGUCGGCUGGGCCCCGCGAUUCGGCAUGCCCGGCUCAGAGGACCCCGCCGGCGACGACGACGAGGGCACGCUGGCCGACCACCAGACCUGGCUCGAGAGCCGGAUCGAGGACAAGUUCUUUGGCGACUGGUACCACAACACGGGCAUCAUCCUCUUUGCCUGUCUGAGCUCGUGGGUCGUGGGCAUCCUCGGCGGCGGCCUCGGCUGGAUCUUCAUCUUCAUGGCCGUCUGCGGCACCUACUAUCGCACCUCGAUUCGCCGUGUGCGCCGCAAUGCCCGCGACGACCUCAACCGCGAAAUGGCCAAGCACAAGCUCGAGACGGACACGGAGAGCCUCGAGUGGAUCAACAGCUUCCUCGUCAAGUUUUGGCCGAUUUACGCUCCCGUGCUCUGCGACACCAUUGUCGGCACCGUCGACCAGGUCCUCUCCACCUCCACCCCGGCCUUUCUCGACAGCUUGAAGAUGAAGACGUUUGUCCUGGGCACCAAGCCCCCGCGUCUCGAGCACGUCAAGACGUACCCAAAGACCCAGGACGACAUUGUGCUCAUGGACUGGAAGUUCAGCUUCACGCCAAACGACACGGCCGACCUGACGGCCCGCCAGAUCAAGAACAAGAUCAACCCCAAGAUUGUGCUGGAAAUCCGCGUGGGAAAAGGCAUGGUCAGCAAGGGCCUCGACGUCAUUGUCGAGGACAUGGCCUUCUCCGGUCUGAUGCGCCUCAGGUUCAAGCUCCAGCUGCCCUUUCCGCACAUUGAAAAGGUCGAAAUGUCCUUUUUGGAGCGACCGACGAUUGAUUACGUUUGCAAACCGUUGGGCGGUGAGACGUUUGGAUUCGACAUCAACUUCAUCCCUGGCCUGGAGACGUUCAUCAUGGAGCAGAUUCACGCCAACCUUGGACCCAUGAUGUACGAUCCCAAUGUGUUCCCCAUUGAGAUUGCCAAGAUGCUCGCAGGCAACCCCGUCGAUCAGGCCAUUGGUGUCCUGCAGGUCCACUUCCACGGAGCCCAAGGGCUUAAGAACCCCGACAAGUUCUCGGGCACCCCGGAUCCGUACGCGACCGUCUCCAUCAACAAUCGCAAUGUAUUGGCCAAGACGCAGACGGUGCAUGAAAACGCCAAUCCACGCUGGAACGAGACGGUCAACAUCAUCAUCACUUCCCUUACGGACUCGCUGACGAUCAACAUCUUCGACUACAAUGACAUUCGCAAGGACAAGGAGCUCGGCACGGCCACGUUUGCGCUCGACCAGCUCGAACAGGAGACUGACCAUGAGAAUCUGCAUCUCGAGAUCAUGUCUGGUGGUCGGCCACGUGGCAUCCUUUCGGCCGAUGUACGCUUCUUCCCGGUCCUAGAGGGCACCAAGCUCGAAGACGGGACCCAGGAACCCGCUCCAGAGUCACGUACGGGCAUCUGCAAAUUCACAGUCGAACAGGCCAAGGACAUGGAUGGUAGCAAGAGUAUGAUUGGCCAACUCAACCCAUACGCAGUCCUGUUGCUCAACGGACGUGAGAUUCACAAGUCGCGAGUGAUGAAGCGAACGAAUCAGCCCAUUUGGCCAGACGCUACCAAGGAACUGCUCAUCACUGAUCGCAAGAAGGCGAAGCUGGGCCUGGUCAUCAAAGAUGAUCGCGAUCUCGCCGCCGAUGUCAUCCUAGGAACGUACCAGAUUGGCAUCGAUGACCUGCUCGAGCUGGGCGCAAAGGGUCACGAAUGGUUCAAUCUUGCCGGCACACAGAGUGGUCGCGCCAAGAUGAAGUUGGAGUGGAAGCCCGUUGCGCUCAAGGGUGGACUGGCUUCUGGAGGCUACUUGACGCCCAUUGGCGUGAUGAGGCUGCACUUUCAGAGCGCCCGUGAUCUCCGCAAUUUGGAGAAGCUGGGCAAAUCCGACCCCUAUGUCCGUGUACUCCUCUCGGGUAUCGAGAAGGGCCGGACGGUCACGUUCAAGAACAAUCUUGACCCCGAAUGGGAUGAGGUGGUGUACGUACCAGUGCACACCGCACGGGAGAAGUUGACGCUGGAGGUCAUGGACGAGGAGAAUCUGGGCCGAGACCGAUCGCUAGGGCAUAUUGAGAUUCUGGUGGGUGACUACCUGCGUCAAGAGGACAAUGGCGAGUACGCGGUACAUGAGCAGAAGCAGCCGACGGCGGGUGCACUGCGCAUGGCAGGCCAAGCGCAGCCAAAGGGUACCCUAAACUACACCUGCUCCUUCUAUCCCACCUACGCGACAUGGGAUCCGGACGAGGACGAGGAGGAAGCCGAAACGGUCGGCACGCCGAAUGGCAUCUCUAGAACAGCUUCCGUCCGGACUGCUGGGUCCAAGACUAGUCAUCAACGGGUUGCGUCUGGUGGAUCCGUCAUGGAUCGAUCACAGACGGCCGGCACCAUUUCGUCCAUGAAGUCUGGCGAAGGGGAUCUCGCCAAGCAACUGCAAGCGAAUGAAUUGCAACAGGUUGAAUCGAUACCGGAGAAGAAGCCGGUUGAGAAGCUGAAGCUUACUGCCGACGAUCUUCAGCACUAUGAAUCCGGCCUGCUUGUUUUCAAGCUGAUUGACGGCGAGUUUUCGAGGACGGGCGGCUACGUCGAUAUCCUUAUGGAUGAUAUGGCAUAUGCCAGCUACUCGAGUGCAAAGAUCAAGAGCAACCACACGACGUUUAAUGAAGUGGGCGACACCAUGAUUCGCGAAUUGGACUUUUCCAAGAUCACCCUUCGUAUCAUCGAGCACAUCGACAAGGACGGAGAUGGCGAUGAGGAUCAUGUCAUUGCCAAACUUACAGGGAACACGAUUGAUACGCUGCGCAGAUGUCUAUACACUCCAACGCAACUGGUCUUGAAGGACAAGAGCGGACGUGAGAACAAGAUUACCGUGAGCCUCAAGUACAUCCCGGUCAAGAUGCGUCUCGAUCCCAGCGAGUCCUUCAACAAUCAGGGUACUCUCCGUGUAGAUGUUCUGGAUGCAGCAGACCUACCAGCUGCCGACCGGAAUGGGUAUUCUGACCCAUACUGCAAAUUCGUCCUCAACGACAAGGAAGUCUACAAGACGAAGACGCAAAAGAAGACCCUCCAUCCUGCGUGGAACGAGUACUUUGAGGUACCGGUCCGCAGCCGGACCGCGGCCGAGUUUGUCGUCAAUGUAUACGACUGGGACUUUGGCGACAAGGCAGACUUCCUGGGCAAGUCGGCUAUCAAUCUGGAGAUUCUCGAACCCUUUCAACAACAAGAGGUUACCCUGCAUCUUGACGGCAAGUCUGGGGCAAUCCGCCUCCGCAUGUUGUUCAAGCCAGACUACGUGGUUCGAUCUCGGCAGGGAUCGAGUACCUUUUCCGGCACAUUUGCCGUGCCCGGAAAGGUUAUUGGUGCACCCGUCAAGGGCGUAGGAAAGGGUGCCGCCUUCGUUGGGGGCAAUGUUGUGCGCGCAGGCACCUUCCUCGGCCGUGGAUUCAAGCGUAGAAAGUCGCGCGGUGCUGCGGGAGAGGAGGAUGUUGAGCGUCCCGACUCGUCACCACGGCCAUCGGCUGACACGCCCAUGAUCUCGGUAGAAGGCGAUGGGAACGACAAUGGCACAGCCAGUAAAGAGAGCCCAUUGAACCACCACCGGCACCGCAGCUGGGGCGCGCAAAGCUUCCACAGCCGCCUUGGCGAUGGCACCCCAGGUGGUGGCGAGCCAGGCACAGCGACCCUCUCCGUCGUGAGCGCAGACGGGUUCCCCGUCAACACCAACCUGCGCGUGCACAUUCAGCUCGGCAAGAAGGAAAUCUACAAGACCAACCACAUCAAGACGGCCUCUGGCAGCGUCACCUACGACGACGAAACCUUUAGAGUCCCCUGCACCGCCGACGCCUUCUUCAAACUCGUCGUCAAGGACCACAGCAAAUUCGGCCGCGACGACGAGCUCGGCGAGGCCCAGUUUACGAUUUCCGACCAGGGCGCCGGGAGCGAGCAGAAUGUGGGCGUCGGCAAGGGCAUGGUUGUCCUGCGCAGCAGCUUUCAGCCCGCCGAUGAUGCCGCUAGCCAGGGCGGCAGCGCGAGUCCCCGGCCUGGGGGAUCGCGCAGGGGCUUGUUGAGUCGGGGUCGGGAUUCGCGCGAGAAGAGCGUGACGCCUGCUUAG